UUGUCUCCUUGUCAAAGCUGGUUAGCUUGCGGAUCCGCCAGUGGACUAGUCAAAAUGGUCAAUUUGGCCGACCUCACCCAGGCAGUCGAAUUCAAAGUUCACAAUGGACCGGUCAAAUCCCUGGCGUUUUCUCCCCAGAAGAGUUGCCUCGUCUCUGCAGGAGCGGAUGGAUUCGUUCACGUCUGGGAAUUUAGACAGUCAGCGGUCAAAAAGCUCGCCUCUCUGCCUGUCAUCCCCUUCGCUGCCCCAGAGAACAACCGGUUCUCGCGUUUCUCUUGGAGCCCCGACGGCAAGCAAUUUGCUGUACCGACGCUGACUGGUCUGCUCCUCGUUGACGGGGACACCUGGCAGAUCUCCGCAAAGCUCUCUGCUCUCAAUCAGGAGUCCCUUUGUCUCGAUUAUUCGCCCUGCGGGGGCUACAUCUGCGCCAGCCACGUCGACAAGUCCCUCGUUAUUUGGAGCGCUCACCCGCCCCACGAUGUCAAGCACCGCGUGGCAUCUGACGUUCUCGUCACGUGCGUUCACUGGUCGCACGUUGACGGCAAAAUUUACGCUGCCAGCGAGAAUGGACAUUAUGCCAUUUUCAAGUACGCCCCGUCGGUCGAAAAAGCCGAUCGGACGGCGCUUCUGCCAGUCAAUGAGCUCGAAGGCGAGUUCGACCUCGACGAUCGGGAAAAAGAGGAUUUGCCUGCUGUCAAGCGCGCGCUCACCGAUUCUCUACCUGAUUAUUCGGCUCAGGGUUGUUUGUCGCCUGAUUCUUGUACCGCUUUUCCCCCUUCACAAAACGAAGAUGUCACGUCGCCUCCGCUCGCCCCGUCGGGCGAUUCUUUCCGACCUCUCCUCAUGAAUUCGUCCCCUCUUGACCACUCGCGACGGUACCUCUGCUGGACGGAGGCCGGCUCCGUCGUUUGCCUCUACGACCCUGCCACUCGCUCGUCUCUUCUGCAAAUUGACAUGCUCACUUCGGACCACUCCGCGACGAGACGCUCUUGCACCCGUACCUUGUCGAAGCCGCUCAAAAUUAUCUGCGCCUCUCUCUGUGCUGACGGAGUGCUGAUGGCGGGGUUUCCGUUCGACGAUGGCGCCGACUUGAGCGCCGACGCGCGUCAGGAGUCCAAGUUUCGACGUCCCGCCGUUUCGCACGAGUCCGGGUUUAGUCCGGAUUCUCGCGGGACGGACGCUGCUCCCACAGUGCUCCUUUACCAUGGGUUCCAAGCGCAUUCGCAAAAUUCGUCGAAUUGGACCUUUCGCUUUCCGGAUCCGGAGACGGUCGACUGCGUUGCCUGUUCGCCCUCUUUCUAUGCUGCGUCAACCAGUUUGGGUAUGUUGCGAUUGUUUUCUCCGGGCGGUUUCCAGACGCACGUUUUUUCCUUGCCUCGUCGCGCCCUGUGCCUCGCGGCUCACGGGUCCUUCCUCGCCGCCGUCCUCCCGUGCUGUUUGCCGCUCUGGUCCCGCGCUCAAGAUGCGGCGGGAGAUCCGUCGCUCGCCGUUUGGCUCGCGGACAUGCAGUCCAGACAACUGCUGACUCCUCCCGUUCCCUUGCCGUUCACGACCGCGCGUUCGCGCCUUCAGUGGCUUGGGUUUAGCAGCGCGGGACAGUGCUUGGUCUACGACGCCGGCGGGUACCUGCACGCGCUGACCGGCCCCCGUCCUGUCGACGAGAGGCGCCACGCCGCGCGUCAGCUCGCGACUCUUUCUUGGAAUUCUUUUUGCUGGUGUCCGCUCUGGACUCCGAUUUUGAGUCCGGACAAACUGGAUAUCCAGAAGAGCGCGGUCUGGCCCAUUUCUCUGGACCAAAACAAGCUUCGCUGUCUCUUGUUUGAGAGAUCGCGGCAGAGCCCGAGGGUCGCGCCCAGGCCCAUUCCUCACACGAUCGAGCUCUGUGUGCCGUUGCUUCUCGCCGAGCCGACCGGCGAUGGCGCGGUCGGCGAAGAAGUGGCUCAGCUGGAGCAGAGCGCGAUGUUGACGGACGAAUAUUUGAGCUACAAAAAAUACGAGGCGUUUCGAGGAGCAGGACCGAGUUCGGACGGCUCGAGUCCUUCUCUCUCUCAGCCGAAUCCGGACCUCCUCCGUGCCCAGGCCAGCGUGGACCAACAGCUGCUUCGCCUGUUCAAGGUGUCCUGCCAGGAAGACAAGACGGAGCGCGCUCUCGCGGUCGCACGCCGAUUGGUGCUCAGAAAGUCAAUUGGCCUGGCCGCGCAAAUAGCCCAGCUGACUCGACAGGACGCGUUGGCAGACAGGGUACGCCAGGAACUUCUUCAAGAGCCGGGCGACAGCGAGGCGAGCAAAGAAUGCGAAAACGAAAGCGUGCGCGGUCAGUUGUGCCCGGCCGUUUCUAAAAAGGAUGCCGCGCAAGACGAAUCAGAGCAAGGACGGCAAGGCGACCAGCGCCACGCAAAGGAAGGCGGCGUAGAAGGUCAAACGCCCUCGCCAGUCACAGGAAGUCCGGUUCUUGCCGGAGACGGCGCGACAUUAUCUGCUUCUUCUACUGCCUCCAAAAGAAAGGCGCCCGACUCCUUUUUCGCGUCGUCGCCCUCCGUGGACUCGACGUGCAAGCCAGAGAAUGAAGCCGAUGCGGUUUGCGACGCGUACACGUCUACGAAAAAGGCGCCCAAACUCCAGGACGCCUCUUCUCCAUGUCGUUUCAGUCGCAAUCCCCUCUCUUCGGAGUUCAUUCACUCCGCCUCACCGAAUGCCGCGCACGGGGACCUGUUCGGCACGCUGCGAAGCAUUCGCGGCGACAAGAAAAGGCGCGGCGGGGCGGGCGCGAGGCCCACUGCCGGGGGCGUUGCGAAUUGAGCGAAAAAAAAAAAAAAAGAAAGAGAGAAAAAGAAGAGCGACGCGUUCGUUUCUCCUCCCGAAUUUCUACCGGCGAAUCUUCGCGGCCCCCUUUCUCGUCGAGAGAGCCGGCCGCGAGAAGAAGGCAGGUUGGGCGGUCGUUGCGCAGUUGGAGGUGCCCCCUCAGUUCGGAGGAGGGGGGGGGGGGAAAAAAAAAAUUAUGCAGAAGAGAGAAAGUGGCCUUGGAAAAGAAUUUCGAUAAAAAAA